AAAAAAAUACAAAAUAUAAUAAUAAGAAAACCCCAUAUACGUUUAAUUGCGCAUCGUCCGUCGCUGGAGGAGAAAGUGCUGACGGAGUUCAGGAGAGGAGACGCCUUCGUUGACAGGUUCCUGCUGUCUACCAUAUUGCAACGCUGCAGCAGCCGACGUGUCUGUGCUGAGUGGGUCAUCAUUCAUCGACGAACCUCCCGUAAUUGCGGCAGCCCAUCAAAGUCAAUAACCAACCUACCAUCCAUAUACCACCUCGCAUGGCUGACGACGAUCUGCGUGCCCUGGUGGACAGUCUGGACGACGCCUCGCCGGAGAACCUGGCCAACGUCAUCGCCAACUUCUCGCUGGACAUGCUGCAGCGGGCGAGCGCCCUAAUUGGCGCCCAACAGCCCCACAGCGGGGAGCUCCUCGUCAACCGAACACAGCAGUGCCAGCAGCAGCAGCGGCAGGAGGAGCUGGAGGCGGCUCGGAACCUAACGGCAGGCGGCAAGCGGAUUCUACAAUGUCCCAGCUCAUUUGAUUCGGUGCUGUGUUGGCCUCGAACGAAUGCCGGAAGUUUGGCAGUACUGCCCUGUUUUGAGGAAUUUAAGGGUGUACACUACGACACAACAGAAAACGCCACCAGGUUCUGCUUUGAGAAUGGCACAUGGGACCACUAUUCGGACUACGAUCGCUGCCACCAGCAGUCGGGUUCUAUACCAGUAGUUCCAGACUUUUCCCCCAGUGUGGACUUACCUGCAAUUAUCUAUGCUUGUGGUUAUUUUCUAAGCUUUGCCACUUUAGUAGUAGCUCUUAUAAUAUUCCUCAGCUUCAAAGAUCUACGCUGCCUGCGAAAUACAAUUCAUGCGAAUCUAUUCCUUACCUACAUCACCUCAGCUUUAUUAUGGAUUCUUACCUUGUUUCUGCAAGUGAUAACCACAGAGUCAAGCCAGGCUGGGUGCAUAACGCUGGUCAUCAUGUUCCAAUACUUUUACCUAACCAACUUUUUCUGGAUGUUUGUCGAGGGUCUUUAUCUGUACACGCUGGUGGUGCAAACGUUCUCCAGCGAUAAUAUUAGCUUUCUUAUCUACGCCCUGAUAGGCUGGGGCUGCCCAGCUCUUUGCAUUUUGGUCUGGUCCAUUGCCAAGGCAUUUGCCCCGCAUCUCGAUAAUGAGCACUUUAUUGGGCUUGAAAUCGAAUGCGCUUGGAUGCGUGAAUCUCAUAUAGAUUGGAUUUUCAAGGGCCCUGCCUCGCUGGCUCUGCUGAUUAAUUUAGUUUUUCUCAUUCGCAUUAUGUGGGUUCUCAUUACCAAACUACGUUCGGCUCACACAUUAGAAACGCGGCAGUAUUACAAAGCCUCCAAAGCCCUGCUGGUGUUGAUUCCGCUUUUUGGCAUUACCUAUCUGCUGGUCCUAACCGGCCCCGAGCAGGGCAUCAGCCGUAAUCUCUUUGAGGCCAUUAGAGCCUUUCUCAUUAGCACACAGGGCUUCUUUGUGGCGCUCUUCUACUGUUUCCUCAACUCGGAGGUGCGCCAGACGUUGAGGCAUCGCUUCAUCCGGUGGCGCGAGAGUCGGAAUAUCAACCGAAGCAGUUCCAUCAAAAAUCGCAGGCAUCGCGCCUCCAAAGACUACUCGCUGAGAUCGCGAACCGAAAGUCUACGACUGACAUCAACAAGUCCCGUACCCACCGGACACUACGAAUGAUCAACAAACACCCAUAAAUAAUGUAUACGACCGAGAUUUCCCCCCCCUAUACAUAUCCCUAUUGUUCAUAAGUAUUGCAUGCUAGUUUACACCCUAAGAACCCAGAUUAAAGUAUUAUAUUUUUUUAUUAUAUACAUAAUGAAAACA